CACACGGUACCUAUAUUGUUGGCCUCCCUCACUCCUGUGAUAUCCUUCUAUAUCUAUUGUGCAACAAACCCCCGGUGACAGGCCGGGGUGGAUGGAGAACAAGUAAGCCACGUGGUCACAUGGGUCUUCCGCAACGAUUUGCCAAUGAUUCCCACUACCCUCAUCUCUCCUGCUCUUCACAUUUCCAAGCUCUGCAACGACUUACGAGAACUUACUACUAGGUGCCGCAAUCUCUACUCUCGAUGCGAACAAUGCGGAACUCGCUGAAUCUGCCGAGCAGGCGAUGGACUUCUUUCGAUGGGUGGGACUACAACGGCAUGAAAGAACGUUUGCAGACAGCGCUGGAUAACAUCGACAAGCCUGCGCUUCUGCGCCAUGCUGAGCGUAUCAAGGGGCAGAAAUUCAUCAUGAGCGAACCAUUCUCGGCCGGCCAGUAUUGGAUCUGUUUCGAAAUGAUUGCCGAGGACGACAGCCUGGUUAUUGCCCGGGUCCGCUUACCUCGCCAUCCCGAUGUAAGGUGACACACACAAGCUCACCAAGGAAGAUGCACCGAAUCCUCAACAAGCAGCAGGCAAGACGAC